AUGGUCUCUUCUUUGGCUCUAAUCCUAGCUCUUCUGGGCUCGGCGAAUGCUGCUACCAUUGAGUUACAGUUUGCCAACGGAGACUCUGCCACUGGUAAAACGGACCCCGAUGUGAACAGUGGUUGUACUUACUGGGCCAAUUCUAUCGAGUCAACCGACACGUGUGCUGCGCUGGAAGACUACUUUGGCAUCACGACUGCCCAACUAGUUUCCUGGAAUCCUUCACUUUCAACUACCGACUGUACUUUGAACAAGGGAUGGAGUUAUUUUGUAGAAGCUCCCGCGAUCAAACCAACUACGACCAAAAAGACAACCACCACCACCACCACCAAAGCCACAACAACCACUUCCACCACCCUCAAACCGACAACCACGACAACCACGACAACCAAGCCCGGGGUCCAUCCCCUACCCAGUCAGGCCCAUCGGGCCCCAGUGUAUGAAUGUGAGACGUGCGAAAAGGAAUUUGAUUCUAUUGAUGCUGCCAACCAACACAUGGACGCCAAAAGUCAUAGGGCCCCGGAGUAUAAUUGUGAGACGUGUGAGAAGGGGUUUGAUUCAAUCAAUGCCGCAAACCAACACAUGCAAGACAAAUCGCAUUUCAAGAACCACUGCCCUACUUGUGAUCGACACUUUACAAGUGAGGACGAUCUUAGAAUGGUGAGAUACGUCGAUGCCUGGAAUCCCCCCCCCCCUUUACCCAUGCCACCGACACGAUACCGAUACUGA